UUAUUUUUCGUUGUUUACAGAUUUCGUAUCGACAACACCGACCACAUAAUUGAUGUAAAUAAAAAUAAUGCUGCGUUCGAGUAUGACCAGGUCAAUAUUAUUUGUCCCGUCUACGGACCCGGGACUUAUGAUGACGAAGCUGAGAAGUACAUUAUUUACAAUGUGUCGAAAGAAGAAUACGAGACCUGCAGAAUAACGAACCCGAGUCCGCGGGUGAUAGCGGUUUGCGACAAACCCACAAAAACAAUGUACUUCACCAUAACGUUCAGGCCGUUUACACCGCAGCCCGGCGGGCUGGAGUUUCUCCCCGGGCACGACUACUACUUUAUCAGCACGUCGUCAAAGGACGACCUCCACAGGCGCAUCGGCGGACGGUGCUCCACACACAACAUGAAGGUAGUCUUCAAGGUGUGCUGUGCGAACGACGGGUCAUCGUCAACCCGCAACAACAACAACCCCGCGGCGGCGCCCACUCUACCUCACGUACCCCCGCCAGCAAUCUACCCGUCACAUCCCCAUCAGCCGCAGCCGCCGAUUCACAAUGGACCGCCAUCCCUAGCGUCACCGCCCAAGACCUCCAUCACCCAGAAGAAGAAAAACAAGGAGUACUCGGAUCAUCCGAACGAGGUGGUAAAAAAUGAAGAGCUAACUUACACCGGUGCAAGCUCAGCACUCAGUCGACCACGGGAGAGUUUUCAGCGAUUGAUUUACCUCUCAACGGUAGCACUUCUGGUCAGCACACUACUACCCACUCUGAUGCGGUGA